CAGACUUGGUCUUGUCAAUCUUGGUAUUACGUCUAAACCUAUCAACAGAGGUCAGAUUCAUAGGAAUGAAUAAAUCAAAUACCUCGUUCUAUAGUGACAAAGCCUACAUUAUAAGUCCUAUAUUGUCUCUAACAGCAUUUUCUGCACACAAGGAGAUAUCACUUAGUCAUAUAUUUCAAAUUCAACAUUAUAUGUUAAUAUCUCAGAUCAACAUAUCUGAAGGCGCAAACAAUACUGUGUGUGCCUAUUAUGAUAACAAUGAAAGUGUGUGGUCGGAUUAUGGAUGUUUGAAACUGACAGGAAAUAGUCAUAAGACGAUGUGUAAAUGUAACCAUACAACAAACUUUGCUAUUCUAAUGCAAGUUCGUGAAUUGAAGUUAGAUAGUGUCCAUGUUUUGGUAUUGGACGUUAUAACAUACAUAGGAUGUAGUAUAUCACUUCUCACCCAGCUCAUAACACUUACUGUAUUUACCUGUGUUGGAUCCUUAAACUCAGAACGUGUGUUUGUUCACAGAAAUUUGUGUAUAUCAAUCAUUUGUGCCCAGUUAGGAUUUCUGUCUGGCAUCAAGGCAAUAGAAUACAAGACAGUAUGUGCUAUAGUAGCAGCUGUCCUGCACUAUUUUUACACAGCUGUGUUUGUAUGGAUGCUUGUGGAAGGGUUACUCCUGUACAGUAAAGUAGUCCAAGUGUUUGGCACAGAGAAGUCACGUGUGACCUACUAUUGUAUAUUUGGUUGGGGAGUGCCAGUAGUUAUAGUUGCUGUGUCUGCUUCUGCUAACUGGGACGGAUACGGGACGUCUACCAGUUGUUGGUUAUCAACAAAGACGGGAGCAAUUUGGGCAUUUGUUGGACCAGCUAUCGCAAUUAUUUUGGUGAAUGUUGUUAUUUUAUGGAUGGUAAUCAAGAUUGUCAUAUCAUCAGCAAAACAUGACCAGAAAACAGAAUACAGUCAAAUAAGGGCUGGAGUAAAGGGAGCUUUGAUUCUGAUUCCACUACUUGGAUUGACUUGGAUGUUUGGUCUCAUGGCCGUCAAUGAAGACUUUGUCAUAUUUCAGUACAUGUUUGCUAUCUUUAAUUCUCUACAGGGAUUUUUCAUAUUCCUUUUUCAUUGUGUCUUCAAUUCAGAGGUUAGACAGGCACUGAAAAGACUUCAGGAACGUCAGCGGUUAUUGAGAGAUUUUACAUCAUUUUCCUCUGCAUCUUCUAGGAACAGUUCGUCAAAGGAUAAGGAUUUGAAGCAUAGAAUUAUUCGUCGGGAACGCACAAAUUCUAGUGGCACAACGUCAACCAGUUUAGGCAGUAGAAAUAGUAUAGCAAGUAGAAGUUCAAAGUUGACAGGUACAUUACCAUCAAAAAGAUUAGGCACUAGAAUGAGUAUAGAAGACGUCAUGUAUCACCAAAGCAAUAAACGCAUUCAAACUAAAAUUUACGUUCACAUAUAGCAGGUCAAGUAAUUAACCUUGGUUUGCUCCAAAUUUCUCCUUAAACAAAGGAAAUUGUCCCGUAUUCAGCCUAAGGAAGGCGUUCUAAUUACUGAAUUUUGAAUCGAAGUACUGUCACUAGUUCGGUCGAACCCGGAUAUAAAAACGUAUAGUGUCUAUAGAGUGGUGAACCGAAUGGGGUUGCAGGCUCGUCUGGUGUGGUACAGAAGAAAGUCCAGUUCAGAUUGCAACAGUAGUUCAGACGCCAAAUAUUCAAAAUGACAACAUAUUUUAGGCUACGAGUCAUAGGAAUUACAGUUUU